AUGAGCAGUGAUAAAGAAAUUUCUAAAGAUGCACCGCAGGAGAAGAAAGCUAAAGUAGAUGAUGCAAAUUCAUUUGGGGCUGCUUUUAGUAACCUUAAGAAAUCUGAGUUCUUCAAAGAUGAACUUCCAGAAAGUACAAAAGGAGAAUCAUCCAAAAAUAAAAAUACGAAUUUGAAUCCACUUUUGAUAAACCCAAAACAAAGAGGUAAUCCAUUGUUGAAACAUAUCACUAGCGUACCUUAUGAGUAUUCUGAAAUUAUUCCAGACUAUGUUGUGGGUAAAACCUCUUGUAUUUUAUUUCUGUCUCUUCGAUAUCAUCAAUUAAAUCCAGAUUACAUUCAUGAACGUCUAAAGACACUGGGCUCAUCUUACAAUCUUCGAGUAUUAUUAGUUCAGGUUGAUGUAGCUGAACCACAUCAUUCACUGAAGCAUUUGACAAGAAUUUGUAUACUUGCUGAUCUAACACUAAUGCUGGCAUGGAGUGCAGAAGAAGCAGGAAAGAUUAUCGAAACCUACAAAGCAUACGAAAACAAGCCUCCUGAUAUGAUAAUGGAACGUAGUGAUACAGCUCCACAUCAAAAACUAAUAAAUGCACUGACUACUGUCAGAUCUGUAAAUAAAACUGAUGCUAUGACUCUUCUGUCAACAUUUGGAACUUUUAAAGAUAUAAUAGAAGCACCCUCUGCUUCAUUGGCUUUAUGCCCUGGAUUUGGUCCGCAAAAGGCACAACGGCUGAAUAAAACUUUGCAUGAAACAUUUUUACGGCAAAAAAAUACCAAGGAUUAA